AGUGAUACCAAACAAAAUCCACUCCCGCUUCCGACACAUCGCCAACCAUGAGCGCCGCCGCCGCCGCCGCCGCCGCCGCCGCAAUCCCCACCUCUCUCGGCCGCCUCUUCCACCUCCGCCCCACCCCGAACCCCUCCCGGAACCUUAGCGGCAGCUCAGCGCAACCCCUCCUCCGCCUCAGCUACCACCCACGCCUCACGCUCUCUCGCCGCAUGGAGGCGCCGGCGGCGAUCGCCGACUCCCACGGCGGCGGCGACCUGAGCGCGUCCGCGGUCGGCGCGGAGGCGCUGGGCGCCGUCGCCGCUCCGGAUUUCGAUGUGGAGAUGAAGGAGCCUAGCGUGGCGACGAUACUGACGAGCUUCGAGAACUCGUUCGAUGGGUUCGGGUCUAUGAGCACGCCGCUGUACCAGACGGCCACGUUUAAGCAGCCUUCAGCAACCGAUAAUGGACCUUAUGAUUACACUAGAAGUGGUAACCCUACACGUGAUGUUCUCCAAAGCCUUAUGGCUAAGCUUGAGAAGGCGGAUCAGGCAUUCUGCUUCACCAGUGGGAUGGCAGCACUAGCUGCAGUAACACACCUCCUUAAGUCUGGACAAGAAAUAGUUGCUGGAGAGGACAUAUAUGGUGGCUCAGACCGUCUGCUCUCACAAGUUGCCCCGAGACAUGGGAUUGUAGUAAAACGAAUUGAUACAACCAAAAUUAGUGAGGUAACUUCUGCAAUUGGGCCCUUGACUAAACUAGUAUGGCUUGAAAGUCCCACCAAUCCCCGUCUACAAAUUACUGAUAUAAAGAAAAUAGCAGAGAUAGCUCAUUACCAUGGUGCUCUUGUUUUAGUAGACAACAGCAUCAUGUCUCCUGUGCUCUCCCGUCCUCUAGAACUUGGAGCAGAUAUUGUUAUGCACUCAGCAACCAAAUUUAUAGCUGGACAUAGCGAUCUUAUGGCUGGAAUUCUUGCGGUGAAGGGUGAAAGCAGCUUGGCUAAAGAGAUUGCAUUUCUACAAAAUGCUGAAGGAUCAGGUUUGGCACCAUUUGAUUGCUGGCUUUGUUUGAGAGGAAUCAAAACCAUGGCUUUGCGGGUGGAGAAGCAGCAGGCUAAUGCUCAGAAGAUUGCUGAAUUUCUAGCUUCUCAUCCAAGAGUAAAGAAAGUGAACUAUGCAGGACUUCCUGAUCAUCCUGGACGAUCUCUACACUAUUCCCAGGCAAAGGGAGCGGGUUCAGUUCUCAGUUUCCUAACUGGUUCAUUAGCUCUCUCAAAACAUGUUGUUGAGACCACAAAGUACUUCAAUGUAACAGUUAGCUUUGGAAGUGUGAAAUCGCUCAUUAGCCUGCCAUGCUUCAUGUCACACGCCAGCAUCCCUUCUGCGGUUCGCGAGGAGCGCGGCCUGACAGACGAUCUAGUCAGGAUAUCGGUUGGAAUUGAGGAUGCCGACGACCUCAUAGCGGAUCUUGAUCAUGCUCUCCGGUCUGGUCCAGCUUAGAGCCUGUGAAUUCUGUGCCCUUCCUGUUCGUUAGGGAUGUAGAUGUGGUCAUGUGGGUGCUAUCUGUGUGGGUGAUUGAUUCAUUGGUCAACUCAAUAAGCUGCUGUGUCAUCGAGGGAAUAAAGACAAUCUAUCCCAAAUUUUUUAACACCAUAUGGUGACCAACUGACCAUGAUAUGGUCUUAAUCAAUUGAUAUUUAUAGAAGGUUUCUUUGAACUGCAAUUUUGCAACCACUGACAGUGAUGCAAGGAUUGAAAGAACAGUGUUUGUACA